AUGAUUUUGGUUUUGCAUUUUUAUAACAACUGUUGUUACAGUGGUACUUAUCGUAUGUGUAAAACACUACUUGGCAAUAAAGCUCCUACUGAUCUGAUUCUGAUUAAAACUACUAGUUACACUUACAGUAUUAGACUUUUUUCACCGCAGACAUUUUUACUUGUCAGAGCAGAAAAGUGAGGUGGCGCUAAUACCGUUAAUGAUGGCUCUGUGACAUUUUAGUCCAGUAAUCCAAGCCAAUGAGUGAGGAUGCACAACAGGCCUUUUUCACUGAAAACUUUUUGAGGUGUCACAGCAGAAAAAGCACAGGUGUAAAUAGUAACAUGAAUGAAGGCUAUAUUCUUCAAUAUCUUAGUUUUUUUCAGUUUAAAUGAAAUGUAUUAAAGCUCUAAAAAGCCCUGUGUUGUAUGCCUAACUGUUUACGUAACUGUUCAUCCUUGUAAUAGCUUUUUGUGUGGAAUAUGAAUCAGUCAUUUCAAGUCAGGUGCGCGCACCUGUGUGUGUGUGUUUGUGUGUGUGCGUCAACUAUCACUUACAGCGAUUGGGAGUUAACAUCAACAACUCCAUUAUCUUUACCUUUUGCUACACAGGAACACUUACAUCAACUUCUCAUCCAAAGCUUGCUGCGUUGUGCCAAUAAUGUGCGUAGCCUUUAACGACUGGCGUCGCUUCCCUUUUUCCAGGAUGGCGACGGCAUGACCCGCCCCACUCUGCCUCUGAUUGGCCCAAACCACGACAGCAAACGAGUACUAGUCAAUCAGAGGCAGAGUAGGGAAUGUCAUGCCUUCUCCAUCGUAGGAAAAAAAACCCUCCCUGUGCAUUUUGUUUUGCUACUUCCGUGAACUCCCAAUGCGGAAGACCAACAGAAAGCUCUGAGUUCCUGACAAAGUUGGCCGAACCUGAAGCAGGUGUUUAAGGAUUUUGUGGGACCUUAAGUGUUCAACUUUUCUGACUUGGCUCAAAAAACCAUAACGAUGUGGCCAAAUCAAGGUCCUCCACCUCCAGUUGGUCCACUAAACCCUGCCUACCCUCCAGGCUACAACCCUUCAGCUCCAGCAGGAGGCUUCCCUCAACCUCCUCCACCAUACGCAGGGUACCCAGCUGGCCAAUACCCAGCUGGUAUGAACCCUGCCAUGGUACCAAAUGCACCUCCGGGGGCGAUGCCUUAUGGAGCUCCAGGAGCUCAUCCUUAUCCCAUGGCUCCAGGUGGAUAUCCAGUAGUCCCUCCUGCAGGUGUUCACCCAGGUCCAUACCCACACUCUCCAAAAGGGGGUCACCAUAAAGGCCACCACAAAGGUCAUCAUCAUGGAGGGGUAGAUCCCAUAACAGGAAUGUUAGCUGGAGGAGUGCAUGGGCAUAAAGCCGAGAAAAAAAUGAAGAAGAAGAUGAAGAAAGCACAUAAGCAUGGGCAUCACAAACAUGGCAAGGUGAGAAUGAGUUACACCAUGUAAGAGUUGUUUACAAUG